UGAAGGACAAUGAGAGAUUAAAAGUUCGGGCCGUUCGGGCCGAAACUUUUAAAAACGCGGCAGCGCGUUGCCAAAUGUAAAUCAUUUCUUUAUUUAAUUCGUUUAAUUCGUAUCUUUAAAAAUGAUGUUACGAUUCAAUUUUGUUGUAUCGCUGCAAAAAAAUUUUGUUCCAUAAUGUCUUCAGAAACUAAAGCAGAAACUUCAAGCGGUAGCAAUAAAAUUAACGGAAAAGCUAAAGGAAAUUUAAAUAGUUAUUUAUUACUUUAUAAUGCAGCUUCCUGGGCUGGUUGGACUUACGUUCUUACAGUAUCUGUGUUGGAGUUAUUUAAAAAUGGAGGGGACGUUACAAAAUUAUAUGAUAGAAUUGGGUGGACAUUAACACUAGUACAAACUGCUGCUAUCUUGGAGAUAUUUCAUGUUCUUUUAGGACUUGUAAGAUCUCCUUUCAUAACUACAGUGAUUCAAGUUAGUUCACGUCUAACUCUCGUUUGGUUAAUUGUGAAUAAAUUUCCAGAGGUAAGAUCUCAUUGGGCAUUUACAAGCAUGACAAUUGCAUGGAGUAUAACUGAAUGUAUUCGGUAUGCAUUUUAUGGUUUAAAUCUUAUAGGAAACCAACCAGGCUGGUUGUUAUGGUGCAGGUAUACAUUUUUUUUUAUAUUAUAUCCUGUUGGGGCAGGUAGUGAAUCAAUUUUAGUAUUUGAAUCAUUACGGUUCGCUAUAAGGAUUAGUCAAUCUUUUUAUUGGAUAUUGGUUAUAUUAUUAUUAAUUUAUGUACCAGGAUUUUAUACAAUGUAUAAUCAUAUGAUUGGUCAACGUAGAAAAAUUUUGGGUAAAGGAAAAGUAAAGAAAAAUCAAUAAUCACGCGGAUGCAUUAUGAUAAGGAUAUUUUAAGUAAAAUUUUUCGCGCAAUUUAGUUGAUUAGUUUUUGCUACUAUAUGCGGCAAAAAAGUAAUCGGAAAUUUGCCAAAUGAACUAAUUGUAUAAAAUUUUAUCUUAUUUCUUUGUCUCAUAAUCGAUUUUUUUUUUUUUCAAAACAACCCAUUAAAAGUUUUAAGCAAGG